GAAUGAAUUCACGGAUAGGCCAGGCGUGCAAAAUAACAUAAGAAUUACAUUCCCGCAGUUGCUCAAUAUCGAGCUUUGCGUUAGGGUGGAUUCACGUUUCUGCAUGGGAAUAAUUUGGACUUAACAUUAAUAUUAAUACAAUUUUACUACUAGAAAAAUAAACUUCGCCAUCGAAUGGAGAGGGUCCACGCGCAGUGGCCUCCAGCCAUAUUUGAUAACGUCACUCCUUCGGUUGAGGCAUAUGACGCAAGAAACGCAAAUAAACGCCGGCGUCCUCCCGGCAAGAGCAACUGUCAGGUUCCGGGCUGUGCGGCCGACCUGAAAGAGCUCAAGCCAUAUUUUAGACGUCACAGCAUUUGCAUGGCGCACAUGAAGGCGCCUUACGUCGUAAUACAUGGCGUCAAGAUGCGGUAUUGCCAACAAUGUGGCCAUUUUGAAGACCUGGAGUGUUUUGGUGGAGCUAAUCGGAGCUGCAAGAUGUCGCUGGAGCGGCGAUCUAACAUGGCCGCCUCAAAGUUUAGCGGGAGCGGCCGCUUCUCCAAGGUGCGCCAUCAGUUGGAUAUCAGCAGCAGUGACAACGCGACAGACAACAGCACCAUCAGCCGUACCUGGAACGGCACUGCUGCUGAGGCCGAGGUGGAGACCGACAUGCGCAGCCAACUAGAACCCCAGGCGAAAAGCGCCGCCCUGCGUGCCGUGGACUUGGCUAUGGAAAGCUCCAACCAGGGCUUGGUCCUAGCCAAUCAUCCAACCGCCGGCUCCGACUUUUCCUUUGCCACGGCCCGCCCUAACCCGCUGCCGGCUUGUGCUGGCGGCCGAGCCAACAUCAGCGGUAGCCCUACACCUCCCACCCUCCCUUCCAAUGCCGCCGGAGACAGCGACAUAUUUCCAUUGACGACCCUAUCCGAGGACGGUACCGUGCACUUGCGUCUCCCACGUCAACCCACACCACCCGUGGUGCCACCUGUGCCGCAGCUGCGACCGCCCCAGCUGCAAGCGGCUACAUCCCGACAGCUGCCGCCGCUGGUGCUGACGCCGAGAAUAUCCAGCGGCGAGUUGCCGCACACGCACUCGCUUGGCUGUGAUAACGCGGAGGCUGCGGCCAGCUGCGGCGGCGGUGGCGGUGGCGGCUGGGGGGGUCAUGGUGGAGGUGCCGGUGCCGGUCGUAGCCCGGAGGUCAGGAGCGGCCUCAUGUACAGCAACCCACACUACGCUAGCAUUGACAUCGCACGCAACAACGAAUUGGGUGCACAGCCGCAACCUCAGGCGCUACCAGCAUCUCGUCUACAGCAGCAUCGGCCGGCCGUGCAGCUGAGUCUGCAGCUAGAUUUGUCACAGCCAGCGCCACGGCAGCAGCCGCAUUCGCAGCAGCCACAGUCGACGGCGCUGGCUGACGAAGUAUUAUUGAUGGCUUUGCUAUCAGCUGUGGGGGCGCGUAGGAAAUGUGGCAUCCCCAGCAUGCGUAGCGAAUGGACGGCCCCUGGGGCAUGGUACUAGUCGACGUUGUGAAGUUUUUUUAUGUUUUUCUGCUAGCAUUGUCAUAUUUAUGAUAUGUUGUGGUUUUGUUUGGUAAAAGUCGAUGAUAUGCUGGAGACGAGCAUCUCAUCACUGGACGUCAUGUGCGUUCCGCUGGCGUCUGGGCGCGUUCACUUGGUAUUGUUUGCGGCGAACUUGCACACUGCUAUUCUUGGACCGUAUAAACUGGAUCCAAUGUCUUCUUCAUCUGGGGCGACGAAAGCCACGUAGUAAGAUGGCUCCAUCCUGCAGAGCUGAAGACCUCGGGCACGCCUACAUGGCGGGGUACGGCAAUUGCGAGCUCGCCUGCCUUUGGGGUUCAGAAUGGAAAUCACUCAAUGGUACGAUGCAAGCAGGAGUCAUCCGCAGGAGCAGCAUGGUUAUGAAGUUCUCAGUUUCCCAAGCUAAGCACCGAGAGCUGCAGUCAGUGACCCCUGGGUCGUCGGCGGGUCUCCGAGUGGGCCAAACCGUGUACGGCAUCAGCAACCCCUGGGGCCUGGGCCGUGUGUACAACAACCGCCCUGCCCCAGCAUGGAAGCCUUAACACGUGCCACGAUACGAAACUGCCGCAUUGACAACGAUGGCAAGCCGGGCGGAACAGGGCGAGGCCAACACCCCCACCUGAUCCACGCACUAGAGGCCCUUGCGUAACGAGUGCGUGGAUUAGGUGUGGUUGUUGGUCGUUAGGUUCCUCCCGGCUUGCCAGCUCACGCGGCUGCGCUAGAUCCAUGAACAGAGGCAUUUCCGGUGGUUUGGUGCUGGAAACGUAAUUCGUCUUCGGCUUACGUAGACAUCAGGACAAGCACCGCCCAAGCGGUCAUUCUGGGAGAGCGAGCGCUAGAGCGAUGGUUGCCGGAGUACGCGAUAAUCUUAUUCAUAUACAAAGAACAUGCAUAGGAUGGCCCGAAUAGCCAGCUUACCCAAGCGGUGAAAAUGCCAUACUUCAAAUAAAUUCAAGUAAUGUUGAGCGGACGUUUGGUUACUGGCUACAUUGAAGCGGUGAUACCCAGUCUGUAGCUGUUAUCACUUUUCAGCCGCUAGGAUUGCGAUAUGCUAAAUGAAAACCGACAACACUGUUGUAUCGCGCAUCCAUGUAACGAAAUCGCGUCUGCAUAUGCCG